AUGUCAUGUAAUGUAAAAACAUUAUUUAUUAAAGUUUUAUCUGGGAAAGGUCAAGAUAGGCCGUUGACAGGCGCGCGAGCCAUCUUGAUCCGCAACAGCGCAGAAAAAUCGUUGCUGGCGACAUGGGAAUCAUGGGAGAUGGACGUGAUAAAUAAAAUGAAUGAUAUGUUAGCUUUGGCAAAUAACUCUUCACUCAAACAUUUAAGCCAACGGAUAGGGGUGGCGUACGUGUGUGAACUUCAUUACGAAUGGAGGGCUUAG